GCAUAUUUAUUAGCACGUAGUUCUUGGUCACGUGCAGAAGCACCAAUCGAAAUUGGUGAUCUCUCCAGAGAAGAAUCAUUGAACUACCUUAUCAAUAAGCGUGGAAUCAAGACUGUCAAGGAGGGCAAGAUCGAUACCACGGAAGCAGAGAAAUUAUUUGAUUUGGUUGGUGGACGCAUUGUAGAUCUGAAGUCUGUAACAGAUAAAUAUCUGAAAGGAAUAUCCAUUGAAGUUAUUGAACACGAAAUUUUAGUGAAAGUCGAAGACAAAUUCAGAACUGCAAAACUUCUUAAAGACGAUGAACAUCAUGAAGUAGGAAAACGUAUCAUCGGUGCUUUGCGGGAUUCCGGAGAGCUUAGCCGUACUGCAUUUGAGGAAUUUUUCAAAACGCGCCAGGAGGCCAAUGAAGUCUUGGAAACCAAUGUAUUCGCGUAUCAUCCAGAAAAAAAUACUGUAACCUUUCAUUCUCGCUCAAUAGAAUGUUAUAUUCGGGAAAAUGCUAGUAUAUUCAUUAAAUAG